AUGGAAAAAAAUGUUAUUCUCAAAUUAACCUAUAAUUUCAUCACUAAUAUCAUUUGUAAUGAUUAAAAGUAUGAAAUCAGCAAAUUUGCUUUAUAUCUAAUUGGUUUGAUGGGAUCACUUUUACCUUUUUCAUAUGCUGUAAUACCGAAGAUAAGCUAGAGUUAAGAAGAUUAUUUUGUUAUGAUAAUUGCUAAAUUUGCAAGACCCUAUUUAUUUUUAAGUUAAGAUUCUUUAUUCUUUUUAUACAUCGAUUAUGGAAUAUAUACUCUAUUUGGAUUUUUAAUUGUAAAUUAUAGUUUUCAAAUAUUCCAAGAACCAUAAUAAAAUUAAUGCUAAUUUUUAAGAGUAUUUUAAAUAGUGAAUUUUCAUAUCAAUUAAAUUCUUGAUAUUUGGCUAAUAAAUAUAAUUCUUGAGUUAACUUUAAUGAAACAAUAAAUACUUUCUUAUAUUGUGUCAAGUUUUUUUAUUUUAUUACUUAUCCAACGUUUGAUUAUAACAAAAGUUAGUAUAGAGUUUAAAUAUUAUAGCUUUAAUAAUUAAAAUGAUUCAAUUUACAUUUACAUUUAAUAGCUAUUAAAUUUGGCUUAGGUUAUGAUAUUUUCAUUUAAUCCAUCUUAAGAAGAAUUUAGAAAUGUUUAAGUUGUAUUUUCAAUUCUUAUUUGCACCUUAAGUAAUAUAAAUAUUUUGUUAAAUAUGCCUUUAGUCAAUACAAAUCUUUUAUUUAUGUAAUUUUUUACAUAUUUUAACACAAUAUUAUAUUGUUUAUCAUUUCUUGGUUUCAAUUAUACUGGAAAUACAAGUGGUCAGGAAGCAUAAAUAUUAUUUAUUAUUGCUUGGCCUUUUUGUCUUAAAUUGACUACAUUUUUUAAAGCAAGAUUGCUAUGUAAUUAAUUUAGGUUUCUAAAUUAAAAGUUCAUAUUUAUCCAUUAUUUCUUUACUCAUCAAUAAUAGUAAUAUAACUUAAAAUCUGUGUAUUUUCAAUAUUCUCUUUAAGAAACCUAGAUUUACAACCUUACGAAAACAGAACAAACCAAAUUGCAUAAUUAAUAAUUUCAGUUUUAAUUGUGCAAAUUAUUUGAUCAUGUUCCUGAAAAAUAACUACAUUUAUCUUUAUUGUUACUUUUAAAAGAAUAUUUUACAGCUUAUUAAUAUUAAUUAGGUAAACCUUCAAGAUAAUCUAUAAUUUCUCAUGCUAAAUCUAAAAUAUUGAAAUAAAUAGUUUUGAAUGAAUUAAGGAAUUAGAUGCUGACUAAUAAUUCAAUCUAGUUAAAUAAUAUCUUGAUUGAUAGCUUAAUCUCUGUCGAAACGUAGAGUAUUCAAUAUUCAGAACAAUUAAUUCAUUGCUGUUAGAAAAAAGUUGACUUUCAUCAAAUAUGCUUGAGUAAUAGGAGAAAAAGUGACAUAUAAAAGUAAGCAAAUGAAAUAGUUGAAUUAUUUGAAAAUACAAUUUUCUAAAUUGAAGAUUCCUACAAAAAAUAUCCUUUAAUAAGAUACUAAAGAUGUCUGUCUUUUGGCUAUGCUGAAUUAUGCAACGACAUCUUGCUUGCAAUAAGAAUAAUGAAUUAAUCUUCAUUUCCAGAUGAAUUUAUAUAUAAUAAAAUCUUAACUUUAAACUCAGAUUUUUUAUCCUAUAAAUCAAUCUAUUUAAUCACUAACUUAGAGAAUUAGAACGUUAUUAAAGUAUCUUCAAAUUUUCAUGAAAAAAUUAAAGAUAAUAUUUAAAAUAUUAUGGAAAUGGUUCCUAAAGGUAUUUAAGAACAUCAUUAAGAAAUGGUUUAAUAAUUCAUAAAAACAGGAAAAUCUAAUUUUUUCUAAAAAGCCACUUAAACUAUUUAUUAGGAUAAUUUAAUAAUAAAGCCUAUGAUUUUAAUGAAUGAUGUGAUUAUUUAAGAUAACAGUUUUCAUGCAAUAUCAAUUGGAACUCUUUUAGAUGAAGAAUAAAUAAUAUUAAUUAUUAAUGAUAAAUCUAAAGUAAGUAGCUUCAGUUAAGGAUUCUUGGAUUAAAUUAGUUUAGAAUUUAAAGAUUCUCCCUACAUUCUAGGAGUUGAUAUAGAAUUAAUUAUUCCACAGUUUACGAAUAUUUCUCAGAUAUCAUAACCAUAAUAUAUUGAAAUUAAAUUACCAAACUUUUCCUUACUUUAAACUUAAUAAGUCUUUAAUAGUAAAGAAAGCAACAAAAAAUCUCAUCAUUUCAUCCAAAAAGAUAUCUGGUAGGAUAUGUCGCGAUUGAAUACAUUUAUAUCCUUAUGUAUAAUCGAAAAAUCUGCAUAUAAUUAUUAUAAGAUAAGAUUCAGUUAUAUAAAAUGUAUAAAUAAAACCAUAAUAUUUCCUAAUUCAAUGAGAACCCAAUAAAAACUAUCAAUCAAUUGUUUUGAAGAGGUCGAAGAAUAAGUAAACAUAGCUAUUCCAUAUGAUCAAAUAGAUUAAGAGUGUAAUUUUGGUUAAAAAUAAGAUAUGUUAAAUACUGUUAGAUAUGAAUAGACAUUGACUUUGAUAAAAUAUGAUGAUACAAAAACAGAUGGAAUGAAAAAGAUAGUAUAAUCAACAUAAAAAUAUGAGGAAAACUCUAUUGAUAGAGAUAUCAAUUAAAAUGCAAAAAGCUCUACCUUUAAUAAUGGAAACAUCAAAUAGAAUUAUGAAAUGAAAUUUUAUUAGAAAUAUUCUUUAUUCGAAAAAAUAAGACAUAAAAAUAACCUAGUUCAAACUGAAAAAAUGUUAAUAGUGGUGCUAACAUUACAUCAACUUUUAUUUUUUCUUUAAAUCUUAUUAACUUUUAUUGAUUGUAUAAAUUUACUAAAUUUCAACUUAAAUGAAUUAGAAUUAUUAAAAAUAAAAUAUGAUUUGUUCUAACCAGUCGAAACAUUUAUUGUUACUAGAUAUACAAUUAUCAAUUAUAAUAAUCAAUUUGCAGCAAAAUAACUAGCCAAACCUUAAUUAGACUUUUUUUUAAAAUUUCCAAAUUCUAAUUUAAAUCUAGGAUUUGAUGAUGUAUAUUAAAAUUAAGAAGCUAUUCUUAAUAGAUUACAAUUACAAUCAUUUUUAUCUGAAGUUCAUGAAAUUUAUAUUUAUGUAAAAACAGAUAGUGGUGAGUUGUAUAAUAUUACAAUGAGAUAAGCCCUAAGCAUAUUAAUAAACUAUUAAUAUACAUUUAAAGCAGCAUAUGUCUAUGAUGGUAGAACAGUUACAGAUUCUCCUUAUAUUUUUUAUUCAUAUCGUAACUUACUAACAUUAUACAAUUCAUUUGAUUUAUUAAAUAAGAAUUUAUACUCAUAAACAAUACUAAGAAUAUCAGAUGAUUUUGAAAAAGAACUAUUUUUAUUCUAUCCUUUUCUUAUUUAAUUCAUUCUUAUUUUUGGAAUUGAAUUGUAUUAUGAUUUAAGAAAUAAUAAGAUUUUAGGCAAAUUUGUUUAUUUAAUUCUCUAUAGUCAUUCAGUACUCAUUUUAUAAGAAAUAAGAAGAUUGACAUGUUAUAUUGAUUAUUACAUUAAUAAUCCUGAAAAAUUAUUUAAAUAUAAAUUUAAUAUUGAAGAAAAAGAAAAGGAAUUAUAAGAUUCUUAAUAACUUAAUUAAGAAAUUAUUUAAUAAAAAAAAUAAUUAAUCAUUAGGAAAUCAUACUUUAAGAAAUGGCAUAUCAUAACUUUACUUCUUUAAUUAAUUUUUAUAAUAACAUAUGGGAUUAUCAAACUAAAUCUCACAUCUACUUACCUUACUAAAUACGAAAAAACAUGUUAAUUUACAUUAGAAAUAUCGCAUCUUGGGACUAAUAUUCCUACAAUUUAUGCUAUGAGAGAAGUUCUAUACUAUAGAUGGAGAUAUCCUUUUUAUAAGGAAAAAGAAUUAUCUGAAAUUUUAUAAUAAAUCCAAGAUUGCUUAGAAUAAGUGCAUAAUGUUACAAAUGAUAUCUCAUAAUUAAGGAUGUAUAUAAUGAUUUUAAUAUAGAAAUAAUUAUUUGCUAAGUGAUUCAUUCGGUUAAUAUCUACAAGAACUUUAUUAAACUAGCUUAUGUGAAUUACUUCCAGGUGAUUUAAAAGAUAGAAGCGAAUAAUUAUGCUAAACUACACUAGGAGGUAGUUUACGUAAAGGAUUAUAUAGUGCUUUAGUUUACAUUUACACAAGUAUAUAAAAUGAGAUGCAAAUUAAUUAUUUUUUAAAUAAAACUGAGAAUACUGUGAAUGAAUUAGAGGGAGUUUUUAUGGUUAGUUAAAUUAUUAAAUAAAUCAACUCAAAAAUGUGGUUGGAUAUUGUCAAUUAAACGGAAUAUCUUUAACAAAAUAUAUCUGUAAGAAAAUGAUUUAUCUUAGAUAAUAUCUUUUAUUUACAUUAUCGUUGUGAUAAUUAAUCUCAUAGCUAUAUUUAUUUUAAUAAAUAACAAAUUACAAAGACAAUAUUAUUUGUCAAAAAGAUAUUUAUAUUUGGUACCAUAAGCAAUCUUAUUUGGAAAUGAUUAAUUUGAAAGGUUAGCAAAAGGAUUGCUUUAAAUGAAUUGA